GAAGAAAAAGACACAAGAUCGGAUUACAAGAUGGCGCUCUGUGGACGCUAGUGAAGAGGCCGACGUAGUUGUUGUGUCCUCACUGUGAAUUUUACUGUCAGAUAUCCGGCCUUCUGCGGGAGUAGUUAAACAUUUUCACUAUAGUAUGCUGGCGAAUUAGGGUGAAGUUUUCGCUUAUUAUCGUGAAUAACGUUCUCAUACAUAUGUCUGGAACAUGCGGGUAGAAACAAAGUUCACAGCUCGAGGAUAAAACACUAUUUUAGAGAGAGGGUGAAGUAGCUCUUCAGCUAGCUCGCUAGCGUCUCCUCUCUUCUAGGCAACCAUGUCGGAUACUCGGCGGCGAGUGAAAGUAUACACUCUGAAUGAAGACCGACAGUGGGAUGACAGGGGCACAGGACAUGUAUCGUCAACAUUUGUGGAACGACUGAAGGGAAUAUCAUUAUUAGUUCGGGCUGAAUCUGACGGCUCACUUCUUUUGGAGUCUAAAAUCAGCCCAAAUACUGCAUAUCAGAAACAACAAGACACCCUCAUUGUUUGGUCAGAAGCAGAGAACUACGAUUUGGCUCUCAGUUUUCAGGAAAAGGCAGGCUGUGAUGAAAUCUGGGAAAAAAUUUGUCAGGUGCAGGGAAAGGACCCUGCCCUGGAAAUCACCCAGGACCCCAUCGACGAGUCAGAGGAGGAGCGCUUCGAGGAGAUGCCAGAGACGAGCCACCUGGUGGAGCUGCCCGUGUGCGAACUGACCCGCCUGGAGGAGAUUGCAGACCUUGUGACCUCGGUCCUGUCCUCACCCAUCCGCAGGGAGAAGCUGGCCCUGGCUCUGAUGAGCGAAGGCUACAUCAAGAAGCUCCUCCAACUCUUCCAGGUGUGCGAGGACUUGGACAACAGGGAGGGACUCCACCACCUUUAUGAGAUUGUGCGUGGGGUGCUGUUCCUCAAUAAAGCGGCACUGUUCGAGGUGAUGUUCUCAGAUGACUGCAUCAUGGACGUGGUAGGAUGCCUGGAGUAUGAUCCAGCACUGGUGCAGCCGAAACGUCACCGCGAGUUCCUCACAAAGACGGCCAAGUUCAAGGAGGUGAUCCCCAUAACAGACUCAGAACUGCGGCAGAAGAUCCACCAGACGUACCGGGUGCAGUACAUCCAGGACAUCAUCCUGCCCACGCCUUCCGUCUUCGAGGAGAACUUCCUGUCUACCCUCACCUCCUUCAUUUUCUUCAACAAGGUGGAGAUUGUCAGCAUGCUGCAGGAGGAUGAGAAAUUCUUAACGGAGGUCUUUGCGCAGCUAACAGACGAAGCAACAGAAGACAGUAAAAGGAGGGAGCUAGUGAACUUUUUCAAAGAAUUCUGUGCUUUCUCACAAACUUUGCAACCGCAAAAUAGGGAUGUUUUCUUCAAGACUCUGGCAAAUCUGGGCAUACUUCCAGCUCUUGAAAUAGUCAUGGGCAUGGAUGAUCUGCAGGUGAGAGCGGCCGCUACAGACAUCUUCUCCUACCUGGUGGAGUUCAGCCCCUCUAUGGUCCGAGAGUUUGUCAUGCAGGAGCCUCAGCAGACAGACGAUGACGUACUGCUGAUAAACGUGGUGAUAAAGCAGAUGAUCUGUGACUCUGACCCUGAGCUGGGAGGAGCUGUGCAGCUGAUGGGACUGCUUAGGACCCUCAUUGACCCAGAGAACAUGCUGGCACCCACCAACAAAACAGAGAAGACUGAGUUUCUGAGUUUCUUCUACAAGUACUGCAUGCAUGUCCUCACGGCUCCUCUGCUGGCCAACACUGCAGAUGAGAAGAACUCUAAAGAUUUAGCAGAGGGUUCCACUAAGAUCAACCCAGUGUGUCCAGAUAAUUUCCAGACGGCCCAGCUGCUGGCGUUGAUCCUGGAGCUGCUCACCUUCUGCGUGGAGCACCACACGUACCACAUCAAGACCUACAUCAUGAACAAGGACCUGCUCAGGAGAGUCCUGGUGCUCAUGAACUCCAAACACACCUUCCUGGCCCUCUGUGCCCUGCGUUUCAUGAGGAGGAUAAUAGGACUGAAGGAUGAGUACUACAACCGCUACAUCAUCAAAGGGAACCUGUUUGAGCCCGUCAUCAACGCCCUGCUGGACAACGGCACCAGGUACAACCUCCUGAACUCGGCCAUCAUCGAGCUGUUCGAGUUCAUCAAGGUGGAGGACGUCAAGUCUCUGAUCGCCCACAUUGUGGACAACUUCUACAAAACCCUGGAGACCAUCGAGUACGUCCAGACCUUCAAGGGGCUGAAGGGGCGAUACGAGCAGGAGAAGGACAGGCAGACACAGAGGCUCAACAGCCGGUACCGCAGGGACGCACGCUCACUGGACGAAGACGAGGAGAUGUGGUUCAACGACGACGAGGAUGAUGAAGAGGGCGAGGCCGUGGAGAAGACCAGGCCUGAAGAAGACUUCCCCGAGAGCUACGGAAAGUAUAUGGAAGCCAAGAAAGUUAAAGAGAGUGAGGACAAAGAGAACUUCCCAAAGCGGACCCAGACUGGCAGCUUUAAGUUUACCUUGUCUCAUUCUGCAGAGGCUGCCAACGGAACCAACGGUGCCAACGGCAAACCGGCCGCCCCCUCCCCCUCCUCCGCCGCCACGCCCAACAACGGCUCCUCAGCCAAGACGGCAGCGCUGCCCAGCACGCCGGUGGUCAAGACCGGGCUGGUCGGCCUGGUGGAUUAUCCCGACGACGAAGACGAGGAGGACGAGGACGAAGAGCAGUCGCCGCGGAAACGGCCACGCCUGGGGUCAUAAGCGGGCGGGGCACGUGGAUGGAGUCGUCCGGUCUUUGGUCGGCUAGCCUGCCGGUGCCACUGUCUGUCACACAGUCCCCCGCUGCUGGAGAGAGACAGAGAGACCACUUCCCAACUCCUCCGUUCUCUUCCCCUCUCACUGACCCUACCCUCCCAGCUCAGCCCCUCGCCCCAACACACCCCCCACCCCUUUAUUCUCCCUUCGGUACCCAGCCCCCCCCCCCCCCCCCCCCCUCCACUACCUGGCCUGUGGACCAGAGAGGCUGAACAACAGUGCCAAGGUGUCUUCCUGCUAUGUCGCCACGACAACAGGGGGCGCUGCACUCACUUGACUCACCUCCCCCCCCUAGCGCCCCCCCCCCCAGACCUCAGCCAAUGGCUCCAUGGUGGAAGAGGAAGCAGCAGGGGCUGAUGGGAGAGAAGAACCAACCAGCCAGCCAGCCAGUCAGGCUAGCAGGCCUAGCCGCUUAGUAAUGGAAGCUUGAUUGGCUGAUUGUGUGACCCCCAUACAAUUACUGUUCAUUUGGGAUGGAUGGAGAGAACUAGGUAAACAGAUAUUCAGAGACAGGGGGAGAGAGAGCGCGUAAGUGGGGUAACAAACGACCAUAAAAGAAAAGGACAACUAACUAACCGUCAGAAAACAACCAGUGGCUCUGUUCGGAGGAGUAGGACUGGAGUGUGGAAGCAGGGGCCAGCCAAGGCUCAGACACACAUGGGACUAUUUCAGCCAGGAAUCCUGUACUCAUGAGUUUAUGAACAGUACUGUACAGAUGUUAAUUUCUUUUCUUUUUAAUCAUUUGCCCCUUAACUGAUUUUAAAAGGGGAGAGCUAUACCUGCCAGUGUGUUGUUAUUUUUUUUUUUUUGUUGCACAGAAAAAAGGUGGGGCCACCAUUCACCUCUUUUAAUUCGAUCAUUUGAUCCAUUGUAGAAAGCAAGAGUUGCAAAUGCUGUUUUUAAAAAUAACAUGUAAUAAACUGCAGUAAAGUCACUUUUUGCAGCCCA